AACUAGAACAGAUUCAUGGGAAUGACGGAUGAUAUGGUGAAACCUCUGAAUCAAGAUUGGCUCUUCCGGUCUGAUGGGAUUACGUGUAGGAAGCAGAUGAAAGGAACUAAUAAGUCAAUGGCUUUCGAUCAAAGAGUUUAUUAUGAAGAGGAGAAAAUUUUUAUAUCUGGAUAAGAAUAUAUAUUCAAUCAGAGAGAACCGGAGUAUGAGUUAUUGAAACUGGGAUCAGUGUUACUAUGGCGAAUAUGUGGAUAUGUUUUUAUAAAAUGUCAGUGGCUACUGUUAAAAAAUUGAGGUUGAUAUCUUAUUGUGUGCUCUCAUCUGAUACAAUAAAGAGGCAGAGAGUAGAAUGUAUGCUCUACUAUGCGUUUCUUUGCAACAAAGGUGCUAAGCGGUGCCAUUCUUGUCGAUCCAAUUUCAUCCACUGCCAUUUUGAUCAACACCGCCGAAGUGUACGAUCGCUCAAGUCUUGUCGGCACACAUCAUGAACGAUGUAUUAAUAAGAAAGGAAUUCCUGCGUUGUCAACGAAUCUGCCAAUCAACUGUCGAAUUUUAGCACCUUGGCGGCUUCAAGCAUCCGCCUUAACCGAACAUAGUCGUCAUGUGCAGAUCUUUUUGGAUGAGGCCAAUUACACUGAUGCCACAAAAAUCGCUCUCAGUGAAAUGCCACCAACAUUAGCGACACUGCCGCAAACCAUAUUUACUUACAAUACCUUUGACAAUGGUGCGCCCAACUGUGAUGGUAGAUUGGCGUCACGAAUGUUUGCUCACGUGGCCAGUGAAGUGAUCAAGAAGAAAGCCGAAGCAAUUCUUGGCAGAUACACCAUCACCAGUUUACUCUCCCAAUGCAGGCCCGACGGACGCAUCAUCAAAACAAUCAAUGACAUCAACGCCUUAUUCCCGGACGGAUCCACUUCCAUUGAGAUUUUAAACAAUCAUGACCUUAGCAAGUCUCUCAAAGUGCUCACACAAAUUUUACAACCAUAUCUCUCGAUGGCAAAUAGAACGAUUGCCAGUGAAAUCGAAAGUAUGUUUUGAUUUAAUCUGUGAACACUGUUUAGUCCAUUCUUUUUUUCUUUUUUUUUUUUU